GUUGGGUGUCAUUUGUAGCCACUCCUUGACUCCACCUGACUUCCUUGACUUCUCAGAGCUAGAAGUGUGCUCACCUGCUCCUCUGGAAUGUUACAGCUGACAUCACUACUUCAUGACCUGUAUAUGAGGCAAAAAGAAGGAUGUGAUAAAAAUUACAGGAGAGAUUAUAAACAAAUAUCUGUGUUAGGCUGUGUCAAUGGGAGCACCUCAGUCCAGCUGGGAAAUAUUAUAGGAGACACACACACAAGGAAUAACUACCUAGUUCUGGUUGAGCUGAGAUUUUUUGCAUUUUAUCUACCCUUAUGGAACACAAGUAACUACUAGGAUGAACAGAAUGCCAUCUUUAACUGCACAGAAGGAAGAAGCAUCUGUAUUUGAAUUAUCUGUAAGGAUUCUACAAGCUCAGAAUAUCCACACAUCAGAUACUGCUACCAAUCCAGAUUGCUAUGUGUGCCUUGAGCUUCCAACAGCUCUUGCAGAAAAGAAAAGAACAAAGACUGUCUGGAAUUGUACAGAUCCUGUGUGGGAUGAAACAUUUCACUUCAGAAUCCAUAGUCUUAUAAAAAACAUCCUAGAAGUGUCGUUGCAUGAUGAAGACAUUAGCACUGCAGAUGACCAUCUUCUCACUGUGAGCUAUGACCUGGGCAAUGUUCCACUUAAUAAAACUGUGCUGGAGAGGUUUAUUCUGAACAAAGAGAGAAAUGAAGAACUUCAGGUAGAAUUCCAUAUUGUGAGCAUACCAGGAACACAUAAGAAAGUUAUAACUAAUGGAGUACUAGUGUGUCCUAAGAUGGCUGAAAUUGAAGUCCAAGUAGAGAAGCAAAAGUAUAAAAAGAAAUUAGAGCUGGAGCUAACAGUGUUGGGCUCUUAUGAGAAAUCACACAGCCUAUUCAUUCCUAAAAAUUAUACCAAUUCCAAUGUGAAUGAAACCUUCGCCUUUCAUUACCCAAGAGACUUGGGAACGGAAUUCACAGCCAGCUUGAACAGAGUGUACUCAUCUUUGGAUGUCACAUUUACGAAUGAAACUGCAAAUGACACGUUGAGCCAGAGCACAUUGCCACUUACUUUAAUUUCUUCAGACAAUAACAUUAACGUCCAACUGCUGGCAACAGAGGGCAAGACUCUGGGAAUUCAACUUAAUAUGAAAGAAUGUCCAGAGAAGCUCGAUGUGCGUCUAGGCUUCAAUCUGUGUGACCAGGAGAAGAUAUUUCUUCAUAAGAGACAAAAGGUGGUAGCUGAGGCAAUGAAGAAAGUUCUUCAGUUAAAAGGAGAUUUGGUAGGAGAGGAGGUUCCUGUUGUGGCUAUCAUGGCGACAGGAGGAGGAGCUCGAGCAAUGUCUUGUCUUUACAGCAAUCUGUUUGCUUUAAAGAAGAUGGGCCUUUUGGAUUGUGUCACUUAUAUUGCAGGGGCUUCUGGAUCAACAUGGACAAUGAGUAAUCUUUAUGAGGAUCCUGAAUGGUCACAGAAUGAGCUGUCAGAAUUUAUUCAUAAUGCAAAGGAACAAGUCACCAGAACAAAAACAAAGACAUUUUCCAUGGAGCGUCUGAAAUAUUAUCACAAAGAACUGCGACAAGCAGCCAUGGAAGGCCAGAAAACGUCUUUUACAGAUCUAUGGGGCUUAAUGAUUGAAUCAAUGUUCCACAAUGGGAAGAACGAGAGCAAGCUUUCUGAUCAACAAGCUGCACUUCAAAAUGGCCAGAACCCUCUACCGAUUUAUUUAGCAAUAAAUGUUAAGCAGCAUGAAAUUAGCACACUGGAUUUCAAAGAAUGGUGUGAAUUCACCCCAUAUGAAGUGGGGCUUCUGAAGUAUGGUGCCUCAAUCCGCACUGAGGACUUUGGGAGUGAGUUCUACAUGGGGAGACUGAUGAAGAAGAACCCAGAGCCCCGUAUCUGCUACUUGCAAGGUUUGUGGGGAAAUGUAUUCUCUUUGAAUCUGAUAGACACCUGGUAUCUCACCACACAAGUGGAAACCUUCUGGGACCAUUGGGGCAAAGACAAAACCAACGAUUUAGAUGAAAAUGAAUUACGAAUAAGGAAGGAAUCAGCACAUAUGAAAACUCACCUGUUCACUCCUCCGAGCACCUUUAGUUCUAUUCUAAAAGGAAUAUUGACCAACAGGCCAAUUGAUGGGGAACAACAGAACUUUCUCAGAGGAUUGCACUUACACAAGGACUAUAUCCAUCAGUCUCAGUUUUGCACAUGGAAAGAUACUGAUUUGGAUUCCGUUCCCAACAAGCUCACCCCACUGGAAGAGAAUUUGUGUCUUGUGGAUGCUGGUUAUUUUAUCAAUGCUAGCUUCCCUCCUCUUUUGAAACCAGAAAGGAAGGUGGACAUCAUCAUAUCUUUUGACUACACUCUAGAAACACCACUCAUGGCAGUAGAACAGACCUGCAAAUAUUGUACAACACAAGGUAUUGGGUUCCCUAGUGUGUCACUGGGAGAGGAAGAAAAGAGUCACCAUAAAGAGUGCUAUUGUUUUGUAGAUGAUGACAACCCUCAUGCGCCAAUAGUGCUCCACUUUCCCCUGGUAAAUGACACCUUCAGAAAAUACAAAGAACCCGGUGUUCUGCGAUCAGAAGAAGACAUGCCUGAAGGAGAUGUGGAUGUUUCUGGGUAUUCCCCCUAUUUUUUGACAAACUUUACCUACAGUGAGUGUGACUUUGACAAGCUGAUGAAACUGACUCAGUAUAAUAUUGAGAACAACAGCAGCACUAUCCUGGAGGCCCUGCAUACAGCUGUAGAGAGACGGAAGUCCAAGAAUACCUUUAGCCAAAUGCAGCAAACACCAGUGAAAGCUCAGCAACAAUAAUUUUUUUAUUGCUAUGCAGCUUGACUGGAUAAUAUUUUUAAAAGAUGUAGUAUACUAGGAGAAGAGAAACAGUUUACAUAAAAUGUUACCAAUUUUACUUUGUUUAAAUGUCCAGAAUAAGUCAUGUGACUUGUGAAAUUUAUUAAUAACACUUUAAAGGUAAACAGAACUCUAAACAUACAAAAAAAUAUAUUUAUUUGUUACAACAGGAUAGUUUACUGCUCUGUACAUUGUAGCUUUCUUCUAAAUACCUAACAACAGAAUGGUGAAUUAUGUUACAUUCAGUAUAUUAGUAACUGCAGAAGGGCACAUCAAGAGUAUGUUGUGUGCUAACUUAUGUUGCUGACCGAGAUAAAAUAAGGGAUCAUGAAAUCAGACAUGAAGUAUUACUGGUAAUGGUGCCCAAAGCAACCAGUCAUCAAUUAGAUUUCAACAGUUAGAAAACAAAAGCAAAGAUCUGAUUGUUUGCUAUUAGCAACAUCACUGGUAAUGUUUCACGCCACUUUUUAAACAGCAUGAUAAAUAAAUCCAACUGUAAAAAAAAUUGUUGCGGGGUAGAAAUAUGGCUUUCAGAGCUGAGUUAAAAAUGUCUGCCCCAAUUAGAUAAUAUUGCCAUUCUAACAGUCUAAUUCCUAGGAUUAUGUGCAGAAAUUCCAAACUCAUAUGUCAGUUUACAUAGCAUUCUAUUCUAUUAAAGGGGUGGUUCACAUUUAACGUUUAGUAUGUUAUAGAAUGGCCAAUUCUAAGCCACUUUUCAAU